UAAAUACUUCCACACAUUCAAAUAUUGAAUGGAUACGUGUUGUAUUAAUUUGUCAUAAAUGCACCAAAUCUCCUGACUUUGUGUAUCUACAUAUGUUGAUAGGUAUUAAAUGUUAUCAAAUUUUGGAUACUCUGUGUUUCUUAUUGAUUGACCUAGCCCUUGGUAAAUGUGGUGCAUGAAGCAAAUAAUAAGUAGUUCACUUGAGUGAAUACUGAAUAGCUUUAGUCUACUUGUCUCUGACUGUGAGUUUUAUUUUCAUCAGAACACAUCCAUGGUUAGAAUAGCUAUCUUAAUCUGAUUCUCAUGUUUAGAUUUGAAGAUGUCUAAAGCAACGAAACGGAAGCACGUCGUCAGAGAGAUCAAGGAGAAUUUGAGUGUACCCACAGAAUCUCAGUCUAUAGUUCGAAUGAUUGCAUCAAGAGGUAAUAAUCUUCAUGAAGUCAGCAAUCCAGCUGGUGAUAGUUACUUAGUCUCAAUGCCGACCAAAUACCGCAAAAACAUAUGGAUUAAAAUGGGAGACUAUGUUCUGGUAGAGCCAAUAGCUGAAGGGGACAAAGUUAAAGCAGAGAUAGUAACGAUACUGACUAAGGAACACAUUAAGUUUUACCGAUCGAGAAAUUGUUGGCCCAAAGAGUUUGACCACGUUAACAAACAAGGCGAAAAUGACGAAGAGGAAGAUUUAUUCAUAAAUACUAAUAGACGACCACAAAAUCAUGACACAACAGAAACUGAGAGUGAUACAAGUUCGGAAGUGUCAGAUUCAGAUUGAUGAUUUGAUCCCUAGCGCUAUUCUUAUUCAUUAUCAGAAUAGAUAUUUAUUCUUGCAUAUAAGAAAUGAUUAAUCGCGCGUGUUCUUAGUAUACAAAAACUGUUAUAAGUAUAUUCCACUCAAAACUGAUAUAUUUUUAAUAUUCAAUCUACUUUCAUGAUAUUGCGUGUGUACCUUGUUAGUUAAAAGAAUAAGAUCAUGUAAAUUAGGUCCAGAGUAUCUUCCAUCACUGUUUGAUAUCUUUCGAGAGUUAUACAUAGGCAUUUAUUUAUAUUGAUCAUAUGUAUUAUACAUAUAUUAGACGAAAGAUAAGAAACUUCACGUUCUUUCGUGGAUGUGUUCAAAUGUACAACCUACGGAAAAUCAAACAUGUAAAAUAAUGAAUCAUUACCGAAUCCAA